AUGAUUUUCGAAACCAAUCCUCUUCAUCUGUGGAUGAAUUUCACUCACUUUGUAUUCAACAACAAUGACCCUGUAAAUUUGUGGCAUCUCCUCAAAGAAUUACUCGAAUUGCACAUUGUUUUCAUUUGUUAUCCCAUUCUUUCCGUUUUGGCUUUUCUCGUUCAAUCGUUUCGAUUCUUUUAUCAACUCACCAAGAAGGGCUUACAACCACACUCGGUAUGUAUCACAGGAGCAAGUACAGGGUUAGGAAGAGCCCUUGCCCGUGAAGUCAUUGUUCAUUGGUUACGAAAUGCCUACAUUGCCAGAGAUCGAAAAGAAUCCGACACGACUCUUACUGUGAAUUCCCCAAAAACUCUCACUCUCGUGUCAAGAAAUCGUUCCAAAUUAGAAAAGGUUCAACAAGAAUUGAUGAAAAUCAUUGCUGAAAGUGAAGGUGUUCUUCGUGAGGACUCGGUUCAAAUCAUUGUUCGAGAGUGUGACAUUUGUAAUGAACAAGUCAUUGAAAGUAUCGUCACUGAAGUAGAUUAUGAUUUGCUGAUUUGUGGUGCUGCAACUAAUUCUCAAAUUCUUGCACGUGAAAUGCAAGUGGAUCAAAAAGGAAUGACCAGUACCAGUGCGAGUGAUGUUGUCAUUGACGAAGAAGAUGUCAUUUGGAAAGAAUUUCAAGUCAAUAUUAAUGGAACACUGAAUACAGUGAUUCCCGCUUUGAAACAAGCGAAAAAACUGAGAAAUCCACAAAUUCACUCUCCAAAACAAAUUGCCAUCAUUUCGAGCUCUGUUGGAUAUUUUGGAAAAUUGAUGGGUCCUUAUGGAAUUACAAAAACCUUUCUCUUUGAAUUUUUCAGACUCAUGGAUUUCAUUAUUGAAAGCACUUCCAUGAAUGGAAUUCAAUUAUUAACAGAGAGUAGUUCUGAAAAUGUAAGAGUUUUCAGAGAAUGGACUCGCAAAUAUGCCAAUAGUAAUCAAGUUUCAUUUCAUGUCAUUACUCCAGCUGGUGUCAUUGAUACUAAAAUGGGAGAAUCAAUUAGAAAUAUAGAAAAUAUUCCUGGAAGUAUCUAUUCCACGGAUGCUGCCCGUAGAAUAUUCAAUGGUCUCAUACAAGGACAAAAGGUGAUUGACUUGAGUAACCCAUGGGUCUAUUGUGGAUUUCGAUUAAUGAAUGCACUGCCGUUGAGUGCUGAAAGUCUAUUGACAAGAGUAUUCCAAUUGGAAUUGUAUUCCUAA